AUGGGCGAGGCUACUACGUUUUCUUUAGAAGAGGUCAAGAAACACAACUCUGAGAAUGAUUGCUGGAUUGUUAUCCACGACAAGGUGUAUGACGUCUCAAAAUUUCUGGAUCAACAUCCUGGUGGCGACUUUGUAAUCCUUGAAAGUGGGGGCGGGUACGCAACGGAGUCAUUUGAAGACGUUGGCCAUUCUGAAGCAGAGUCUUCCCUUAAGUUUUCUUCGAAUUACUCUCGAGACAGAAAGCCUAGUUUUGCGUAA